CCGAUUUUAUCUGAUUCUUUUGAUUGCUGUCGUUUUAAGCUUUGUUUAUGCUGAUAAACAAUGAAAUUAGCUUAUAAGUAUCUUAUUAGGCUCAUUCUAAUAUGCACUGAUAAGUUGCCUUUGUCUGCUACGUAACUAGCUAUACGAUCAGUAUGCCGACGUUUCUGACGCCGGGCCGGCACGGUUAUGCCGUCCGGUUCUCGCGAACUCGGCCGGACGCUCUGGCGGUGGCGACGAGUCAGUACUACGGGCUGGCUGGCGGAGGCACUCUAUUCUUUUUGGAACUUGCUCCCGAUGGAGCUACGAUAGUGGAAGUACAGAAAUUGGAAUGGAAUGACGGGCUGUUUGAUGUGACGUGGUCAGGCACGACAGAUGGCGCUGCAGCCUGCGGGGCGGGGGACGGGGCCGUCAUAGUAUUCAGAGUGGGAUGUGCGGCGCCCUUACGGGUACUAAGGGCACAUACCAGUGAAGUGUGCUCCGUCGAUUGGCCUAGGGCUCAUUUACUUAGUGCCAGCUGGGAUACCACUGUUAAACUGUGGGACCCGGAAUCCGAGACGUGCAUAAGCACGUUCUCCGGGCACUCGGCGCUGGUGUACACGGCCGCGUUCUCGCCGCACUCCCCCGCCACGUUCGCGUCGGUCUCCGGAGACGGCCACCUCAAGCUGUGGACGUGCGCGGACCCGGAGCCCAAGGCCGUCGUCAAGGCGCAUGACGCUGAGGUGUUAUCGUGCGAUUGGAGCAGGAUAGAGACACACGCCAUCGCGACCGCAGGGUCCGAUGGCCUGGUCAAGGGCUGGGACCUUAGGAGGCUCACAUCGCCCAUGUUUACUUUAAAAGGGUGCGAAUGUGCAGUGAGAAGAGUGCAGUUUUCCCCCCACGCACCCUCCGUCAUAGCGGGAGUGUCCUAUGACUUUACCACAAGGAUAUGGGACCUAAAGAGAGGUUGCGAGCCGCUAGAAACGAUCCGCCACCACUCGGAGUUCACAUACGGGCUGGACUGGAGCGCGCUCAGACCGCACCAGCUGGCCGACUGCGGGUGGGACUCGCUGGUGCACGUGUUCACGGCCCGGUGUCUCUUGUGAGAUAAAGUGGACUAGUCAAUACAAGGAUACCUCUUGGUGAAGGUGGGAUUUUUUUUCCCGAGACAAUGGCUUUCAAGAGGAUACCGUAGCAUAUGAAAGCUUGCAACUAUAACUAAAGGGUGUACCGGAAAUAAACUGUAAAUUUCAUUACAUUUCUGAUGGCGACUGUACUGCUAUCAAACUGAUGUGUAUGUUUUUAUAUCCCAGAUAUUAUUCCGCCUCAUAUAAUUUAAAAAAGCAUGUUUUUUUAUCAUUUAAAAUAUCUGGGAUUUAAAAACAACGGUUAAGGCACUGGUCCCAGCGCGAGCUAGUAAGCUAUGAGCUAUCGGCUAUAAAAACGAACAAAAGAUAA